CCGAAACGUGUUCCGUGCCGCAAACAUGGCCGACACCGGUAUGAAAACAGAUAUCAGCACAACAAUGUUCAAUCCAGGAGGUUGGAAGAGUUUGAUAUCGUUUUCAACAUUGGCCCUAGCAUGGCUUGUUGGUUUCAGCUCCCGCUUGUUUGCUGUCAUCCGCUUUGAAAGCAUUAUCCACGAGUUCGAUCCAUGGUUCAACUACAGGGCUACCCACUACAUGGUCAACCAUGGCUUCUACAACUUCCUCAACUGGUUUGAUGAACGGGCCUGGUACCCACUUGGGAGAAUUGUGGGUGGAACGGUGUACCCCGGGUUAAUGGUGACAUCAGGCUCCAUCCACUGGAUGUUACAUGCACUGAACAUACCCGUACACAUUAGAGACAUCUGUGUCUUCCUGGCACCAGUCUUCAGUGGCAUGACAGCUGUGUCCGUGUACCUGUUCACCAAAGAGAUAUGGUCGGCCGGCGCUGGGCUGUUCGCCGCCUGCUUCAUAGCAAUUGUUCCUGGUUACAUCUCCCGGUCGGUCGCAGGCAGCUACGACAAUGAAGGCAUUGCUAUCUUCGCACUCAUGUUUACCUAUUACCUUUGGAUAAAAUCUGUUAAAACAGGUUCAUUAUUCUGGGCAGUGUUCACAGCUUUAUCAUACUUUUAUAUGGUGUCGGCCUGGGGCGGCUAUGUUUUCAUCAUCAAUUUAAUCCCACUUCAUGUAUUAGUUUUAAUAAUUAUGGGGCGAUAUUCUCGUCGUAUUUAUGUAGCAUAUAAUUCAUUCUUCAUAAUCGGCUUGAUAUUGUCCAUGCAAGUUCCAUUCGUAGGCUUCAACCCUAUCUCUACCAGCGAACACAUGGCCUCAGCAGGUGUGUUUGCCCUCCUCAAUGCCUACGCCAUCCUCAAGUACCUGCAGUCUUUCAUGACAAAGGCGGAGUUUAAGAUGUUUUUCCUUGCUGCUGUUGGUGCAGCUGCUGGCAUCAUCUUUCUUGCUGUUGUUGGUCUUACCUGGGCAGGCUUUAUUCACCCAUGGAGUGGCCGCUUCUACUCCCUGUGGGACACAGGCUACGCCAAGAUCCACAUCCCGAUUAUCGCGUCCGUAUCAGAGCACCAGCCCACCACGUGGGUCUCCUUCUUCUUCGAUCUUCACAUCCUUGUGUGUGCCUUCCCGGUCGGUGUGUGGUACUGUGUCAAGGACGUUAACGAUGAGAGAGUGUUUUUGGUUCUGUAUGCAGUAUUUGCCAGCUACUUCGCUGGUGUGAUGGUACGACUGAUGUUGACCUUGACACCGAUCGUGUGUGUUGCCGCGGCAAUUGCGUUCUCCCGUAUGUUUGAGAUCUAUCUGAAAGACGACACCCCGAAAACAGAAAAGAAAACACCACAGGAAACACAGGAAAACAAACCUGACAGCAAAUAUUACGACAAGGUGGGAAAGACAAAGAAAGAUCGCAAAGAAGACAAACCCAAGGAACAAGACGCCCUAGGAAUCAACAUUAAAUCAAUCAUCGUUAUUGCCCUGCUCAUGUUACUGAUGUUGUUUGCCGUUCACUGUACAUGGGUCACUUCUAGUGCUUACUCCAGCCCCAGUAUUGUAUUGGCCUCUUACAACCAUGACGGGAGUCGUAGCAUCCUGGAUGAUUUCCGUGAGGCUUACUACUGGCUACGACAGAACACUGACGACAAGGCCCGAGUCAUGUCCUGGUGGGAUUAUGGGUACCAGAUAGCGGGGAUGGGAAAUAAAACAACCCUCGUGGACAACAAUACUUGGAAUAAUAGUCAUAUUGCACUUGUUGGUAAGGCUAUGUCGUCCAAUGAGAGUGCAGCCUAUGAGAUAAUGCGAGCCCUGGACGUUAACUAUGUACUCGUGAUAUUUGGCGGUGUGAUUGGGUACUCUGGGGACGAUAUCAACAAGUUUUUGUGGAUGGUUAGGAUUGCCGAGGGGGAACAUCCGAAAGACAUCAGGGAGUCGGACUACUUCACGCCACAGGGAGAGUUCCGUGUCGAUUCAUCAGGAUCCAAGACACUUCUUAAUUGCCUCAUGUACAAACUCUCGUACUACAGAUUCGGAGAACUCCAGUUGGAUUUCCGGUCACCCGCUGGCUAUGACAGGACUCGUGGCGUAGAAAUCGGCAAUAAAAACUUCGACCUGACACACCUUGAGGAGGCGUACACGUCCGAGCACUGGCUGGUCAGAAUUUACAGAGUUCUAGACUUGGAAAAUAGGCAGCUAAACAAAGAACCGGUAAAACCUGUGAAGAAAUCCCGAAAAAGUAAUAAAAAGAAGAGUGGCAAGAAAAAGGCAGGAUCCAUAAAGAAUAAACCCAAGAUUGUGAAGGGAAAGAAGCCUAAAUCAAAGAAAUAAUUUGUAUAAUUUGUUAACUAUUGACAGCUAGUUUGUUAAUUACGUACACAAAAGUGCAAAUCACUAGUUAUGUUAUAACAUGUUGUUACUGAUGCUAGAUAUAUUUGACUAUUCUGAUAUUGGUGAUGUUUUUUGUUCAUAAAAAUCAUGUCAUUUGAACUUCAUUUAAAAACCAUUUUAUUUCAUGUUUUUUGGUCGUUUAUUGAAAAACAACUGCGGCUCAUGCCCUAAUAAACUCAUCGUUUGAAACUGUGGUCAAUCGGAAUGUUAUAACACUGUUUAACUUGUUCAAGCCUGUUUCUCUGUUUAAAAUGUUAUCACACAAAGUCCUUGUAAUAAAAAUCACUGACAUCAUAUUUGGCUAUUAAAAUAUUGCGCAAUCCAAUUAAAUUAAAUAUCAAUUAUAUAAUUAUUUGAGAAGUAAGCAUGAAAUAAGAAAAAAAACGUUUUUGUGGAAGAUUGCAAUAUAUUUCAACAUGGGCCAUCGGUAAAUUGAGACAUUUGAUGCCCACUCGGUGAAAUAUAGUGCGAUCUUACAUUGAAACAAACAAUUAAUCUCUAUAUAAUCAUGGUUCAACAAAGGCAUGUUAAUGAAUCUAGUUGAUAAAAUUAAAUCAAAUGUACUUUCUUUGUUUUUCAUUUUUCUACAAAUUGUUUUGGCAUUGGGAUAUUAUUUAUGUACAGCUUAUAAAAAUACCAAUAUUUGGGUUAAUUAAAACGUAUGUGUCAGAUUUUUUAUUGAUUUGCCUUACCUGUUUAUAAUUGCCGCACAUUUAUUUUGUCCCUUGGAUUUGGUGCAACCUGCGUAUCUAGUCGAGUUCAUUUUUAUCCUUGUUCAAACUCCAGAGUAAACAAGUUUGAAAUGGUUUAUCAUUUAAAAGCAUUGAAGUGUUCAGAGUUUUGUCUUGCCAAUUGUUGCAUACUGGGUAUAAGUACAAUUGUGAUUGAACAAAAAUAAACAAGUAAUGAAUUGACACUUGUAGCCCUUAUAAUCACAACUGACUACAGGCAGGGAGAGCGCUAUUCUAAAUGUGUUCAUAUUUGAUUUAUCUUAUGGUACCUUUGGUCUAAUAACUGUUCGCUUGUCUGUUUUCUGGAGAAAUAGUUAAGGCAAUGCCUUGGUGUUACCAGCAUCAUGCAGAAAUGAUGGUCUGUUUGUUCAGAACGUUGUUAAAAUUAACAACAUUGUAAACAUCGUUGUUGCUUGCCAACAUUUCUAAAUCUUUUCUCUGGAAUUUUAAUGGACACACAUGUGAUCUGCAGUAUUUCGAACGAGAUUUAAGAACCAUUUUCAGUUGUACUUGUUUAAUUUUAAUAUAUUCGCAAAAUCAUAUAUUACACCUUUUAACGUUAACAAUGAUACUGUUUUCAAUGUUGUCAACUUUAAAUAAGGUCUGACACAUCGAGCCAUUGUGAUGUAAAUAUUCAUCUUGGUCAACAAUUGUUUAUGAUGAAAAUGACAAGAAAAUCCUGUAAUUGUAGUCCAAAUAAUCCGACAGAUGCACGUACACAGAACCACCACUGUGAUAAGUGUUAACAUUGCAGGCAAUUAUUUUGAGUAUCGCUUUUUUCAGCUGAACCGUUUCACAUUUCUGCUCUUUCUUUUAUGUUUAGUGUGACUGGUAAUCUGAUUGUGCUAAAUAAAGGCUAAAUAAUGUUUUGUGAUUUUACGAAUUCCAAUGUGGUUCUGGCAAGUUUGUGGUUAUUUGUAUGAAACGGGAUUGUUAACGAGUUUGCUAUUAUCUGUAUGAAUUGAUGUUAGGCUAAUCAAAGAUUUAAAUACUUGUUUAUUUGUUCCUGUAAGCAGAAUUUGUAAUAAAAUUGCAGUGUUAUUGAAUGUUCAAUCAUACUUAUAAUGAUGUAGCAUUUGGUAUUGGUGUGUUUUGAUGGAACAUGAGUGAUUCAUUUAACUUAAAUAUGUUGAAACCAAGUGGGAAAUGAAUAUUUGUAUAGAAAAUAUAAAAAAUAUUAUUUAUGUAUUUAUGUUUGUUGUGUAUAGAUCAACUACUGUGUUGUAUGCUUGUGUAUUUCGUUAAAAAACAAUACAUGUGAUUUAUUUCAAUGUUAUAAAAAAAGAUUUUAUUAUUAAAGUCCUUCAAACUUUUCGCCCAUUUCCCUUUGAAAACAUCCUUGGAUGUAUGCUGGUACAUCAGUAGGACAUAAACAAUUGAAUGAUUAUAUUAAUUCAUUGUAGUGUUUUAACAUGUAUUUUGUACUACUAAGUUUAAAUUGAUUGUCAGUGAAUUGUAUAAUUGCAUUAAUAAUUAAGAUUCCCAAGUGGAAUGUCAUAAAGUUAACUGCUAAAUUGAUAGAUAUGCGAUCUAAUUGCAGCAUAGGUAAAUGUAAAGGUUUCUGACAUUGUAAACUGUCCAUGUACAUCUAAGGUUGUUUCCAAUGGAAAAUGGCCAAGGAGUUCCAAAUGUUAUUUAAGCAUGUGUUCAUUUUCAACAGUUGAUACCAUUAGAUAUCCAUGAUAUAACUCCCGGAUAUAAAACUAUACAAACCUUGGGCCUUGUUAUGUUAUGCUGCAAAGCAAAAAUAAAACGUCUGUCGUAAAACUAAGGAAUUGUAUCAUAUAUUUCUCAACACAAUCAUUACUUGAAUAUAAUUUAAGAACACAAAAACAUUGCUAUGAUCAUGAACACGUACUGUAUGUAUGAAAGGCAGAACUUUUCAACCAAUUUGUAUAAUGGUUCUAGUUGCAUGCCUUUAGAUUAUACAAGUUUACCGGUUCCAGUGGUUGCUCUAAGCAAUACCUACCUUAAACUAUUUAACCGGAAAUUCCCAGUAUUUUUUCUUUUUCUAUAUUACAUUGUUUUACAUAUAUCUGAAUCGUAAAUACAAGCACAGAAAUCUCUACAAUGUCAAUAUAUCACCAUUAUUUCUAGCGCAGAAUGAUUUACAUUCCUCUUUUGUUUUCUACACAUGCUUUAAACUUAUUUUUCAAUUCAUCAAUUUUGAAUGUAUUGUGUCAUCAAAAUGUUGAAAAUAAAACUACUAAUUAAAUGA